UGUCGCCUACCACAGUGAAGAACUACAACUCCCAGCAUGUCCCGCGAGGUAUCAUGUGCCAAGUCCCUCUUGCUCCCGUUGUCACGUGACUCCGGAAAGAUGGCGGCCUUGACAGCGGAGCAUUUUGAGGCGCUCCAGAGCCUGCUGAAGGCCUCCUCAAAAGAUGUCGUCAGACAACUGUGCCAAGAAAGCUUUUCCAGUUCAGCCCUUGACUCAAAAAAACUGCUCGAUGUUACGUGUUCCAGCUUGUCUGUGACCCAGGAGGAGGCCGAGCAACUGCUCCAGGCUCUGCACCGCCUCACCAGGCUGGUGGCAUUCCGUGACCUAUCCUCUGCCGAAGCAGUUCUAGCUCUCUUUCCGGAAGAUUUCCACCAAAACCUCAAAAACCUGCUGACAAAAAUCAUCCUGGAGUACAUAUCUACUUGGAGAACAGAAGCUCAAGCAAACCAGAUCUCUCUGCCACGCCUGGUGGACCUGGACUGGAGAGUGGAUAUCAAAACCUCCUCAGACAGUAUCAGCCGCAUGGCUGUCCCCACCUGCCUGCUCCAGAUGAAGAUCCAAGAAGAUCCUAGUCUGUGUGGAGACAAACCCUCUGUCUCAGCUGUGACCAUGGAACUGAGCAAAGAAACACUGGAUACCAUGUUAGAUGGCCUGGGCCGAAUCCGGGACCAGCUUUCUGCUGUAGCCAAUAAAUAGGCCAACCAGCUACUGAGCUGUGCAGGUGCAGUUCUCAGCACAUGGGCUGACAGUGGGCACAUGGCAGGAUGGAAGGGCUGCUGCUAUUCGGAAGGCACAGGGGAGGGAAGGAAGCAGCCAAGCCCAUUGUCAUUCUUUCUCAUCCUGUCCUCAUUGUGUUUCUUUUCCUGAUGAUGAGCAGAAGCUCCGCCUCUGAGAAGGCCCUGUGUGAAACUGAAUUACUGCUGUGGCUGUGUGAGGAAACAUGCUCUUUAUAUCAGCUGCCUGUGCGUUGCUGUGGAAAACUGUGGAGCUUACCUAAUGAGUUUACCUCCAGCAUUAGCUCAGAUGAGUUCAUUGCCAGCCCCGGAAUCCAUGGAGGGAAUUAGGGGCCAGGCCAGCAGUGCCUGCUCGCCUGCCCGCCUGCCCGUCAAGAGAAGCCAGCAGACAGAGAACAAUGCAGCACCACAGCAGGAUCCCUCAGAGCCUUCCAGAGCUUGCAGUCCUGCUGGGUCAUAGCUCCAGUUCUGAAAACUGAAACAGGCUAUUUUCUACUACUCCUGGGCGAGAAAGUGGAAUGGAUUGGAAAUAAAUAACAGUUUUAUGA